UCAUUGCUAAUAACCAAGCAAGAAGACACGUAAAUUGUUUUUAGGUUUUUAAAUGAUGCAAUGACGAGAAGCAGCAAAGUUGUUCUUCUACUUUGUGUAGUGUUAGCUGUUGCCCUAUUCUUGGAGACAGUAUCAGCAAGAGUCUCUUACCAGUACAAGAAAUAUACAUAUAGGAAAAAACGUGAUGACAAAAUUUAUAAGAAUGCCAAGCAACCUUGUGAAGUAAAUCCAGACUGUCUUUCGAGGCGUGGCGCAGAGCAAGCAAUCUGCAUCCGCAAGUGUGUCUCUGAAUUCUGCUACCAGGAUAUCUAUGCUGCAGAUGAGCUUGAAGAGGGAGAGAUAGAUGUGCGACUGAACUCAUUUAAAGGAUGUGUGGCGCAGAAAAAAUAAUCCUGAGAAGUUGAAAACCCUGAAACUCUUUGUUAUGUGGAACUACAUGUAGUUAAAACUGUUGAAAAGGUUAUAGG